AUGGCUGCAAAUGAAUGUAGCAUUAGAGUUGUAUGUCGUUCUCGUCCGUUAAACGAUUUAGAAGAACGUGACGGAAGUAAAAAUAUUGUUAAAUUCUCAACUAAUCAAGAUGAAAUUCUUAUAACUGACAAACGUUAUGUAUUUGACAAAGUAUUUCGGGCAGAAACAAAAUCAACACUCGAAUUUGGAAAACGUGCUAAACCCAUAAAAAACUUCCCUAAGGUUAAUGAAGAAUCGACAGCUGAAGAAUGA